AUGAGCAACGACCUCCUCGCGGAAGCCGCUGGCCACAAGCUCCCCAGGUCCCCCCUCCACCACCAAACAACUAUGCGCCAAGUGCCGCCUCUGGCCAAUCCUUCAAUGGAUAUCCCCCCCGGUGCCCAUCCUGGCGCUGGCUACCCUCAUCCCAAUGGCGCUAUGCAGUCAGAUUCGCUCAUCCGACACGCCAAUCCCGGGGCUCAGCCAUAUGGCUACCCUUACGGUCACCAAUACCCCCCAGGCCGGCCCCCAUGGGGCCCCUCCCGGGAUGCAUCCAUUCUACGCGCAAGACCCAGCGCAUCGACAACACCCCUCCCGCCCGCCUCCCCAGGUGCACAACCCUAA